AUGUCCCUACUCGAAGGCCGCACAGACGAACCAGGGACAGUACCUGAGUCGGUUUCCCAUGCCAUAACAACCACGCCAGUGUCAAUUGAGACAUGGCACCGGCGUUUCUGCCAUCGGAGCUAUGCCACAAUCGACAAGAUGCUCUCAACUAGUGUUGUCAAAGAUUUUGCCACCACUGGCAAGACAAUAACCCCAGCUCUUUGCGUACCCUGUGUAGAGGGCAAGCAGACUCGUGCACCACAUACAGUGCCUGCAAAACGAUCAGAAUCUGUCCUUGGACGCAUCUUCUCAGACGUCCAUGGGCCAGUGCCAACUCAGAGCCGGAAGGGACAUCGGUAUUGGCAGGACAGAGUUCUCGAGGCAUUUAAAGACUUCAAAAUGCACGCUGAGACGGAACUGGGGGUAAAAAUUAAAUGUCUACGAGAUGACAAAGGUGGUGAAUACAUGUCCACCGAGUUCCAAAACUACUGUGCAGAGAAUGGCAUCCAACGCGAACACACCAUCCGCGACAGUCCCCAGCAGAAUGGAGUCGCUGAGAGAUUCAACCGUCACCUUGCUGAAGGGGUAACUGCAAUGCUUUCAGAAGCAAAGCUACCACCGUUGUUCUGGACCGAUGCUGCCAGAGCCUUUGUCCACACCCAUAACCGACUUCCAUCCUCUGUUCUCGAUGGUAUAACCCCCAUAGAGAUCUGGAAUGGCUCAAAACCCUCUGUUGGACACCUAUGUGCUUGGGGCUGCCGAGCCCAUGUACACCUUCAAAAGGAUCAGCGUGUACAGCUCGCACCCCAUACGCGAAAAUGUGUCUUCAUUGGAUAUCCAAAUGACUACAAAGGUUGGAUAUUCUGGGACCCACAAACACAGAAGGACUUCGUCUCUGACAGUGCAAUAUUUGUCGAAGAUGAGUUCCCAGGGGGUUCUAAAACGAAGAGCCAUGUUCCACAGCCUGUAGAUGACAUAUCACCAUCAUUCUCUCUCGUCCCAUUUGUGCCACACACACCAAACCCUCCAGUCCAGCCAUCUGGUCCACCUCCUGACGAGCGAAUCCGUCUGGAGCAAGGCCAAGGUGAUGAUCAAGACUCACUCCCAGACCUAAACCUCCUUGAUCUCAGCAACUCUGACGAUGACAACGAUGGAAAUGGCAACGAUACCCAAGAGCCACCGAGAGUCACACUAGAUCUCCCUGCUCAGUACAGACAUCUUGCGCCAAGCAACAGUACGGAGUUACCCAGGGAGACCAAGAGGCUCCUUGAGCACUUCGAGAAAUUUCCAGGGAGCCUGCCAGGCAAGCGGCAGACUCGAUCAGCUCACCCAGCAUAUAAUGAGACUGCAGAUGCUGCACAGUCAAUAGAACAAGACACAGCAUAUGUGUUGGUCUCACUGGCUGAUGGCGUCGAGUAUGCCCUCCAAACGUCUGCAAAGCUCGAGCCCAACACCCUAGCUGAGGCGUUAGAACGUCCCGAUAGUGAGAAAUGGCUCGAAGCGGCAGUCAAAGAGAUUGACGCUCACCUGGAAAAUGGAACCUGGGAGGUUGUGCGGCUGCCACAUGGAAAGAAGGCGAUAGGAUGUCGUUGGGUCUUCAAGAUCAAACGUAACCCUGAUGGGUCAAUUGACAAGUACAAAGGUCGUAUUGUUGCAAAGGGCUAUGCUCAGCGCGAAGGUGUAGAUUACACCGAAACCUUUGCGCCUACAGCACGCUUUGGAGCACUGCGGACAGUCAUUGCGCUAGCAGCAGUUGAGACAUGGAACUGGAGAGUGUCGACAUCUCUACAGCCUUCCUCAAUGGCGAAAUAG